AUGCAAUGUUAUCACGGGAAAAAGAACCGAGAUGGCGAUUGUGAAUGCGAGCCCGCGUAUGCGGGACAACUAUGCGAGCGGAAGAAGCAUUGUCAAGGAUUCGAGUUGCAUUUCAAUUACAGGCAAGAAAUGCAUUAAUUUUUUAAGGUUUUUGAUAGUAAUUAGCGCCACGAAAACCAUGAUUAAUAUAGAGUCAUCUAUAAAAUUGCUUAAGCUAAUCUAUUUUCAGUUGUGUUAGCUGCGAAAAAGGCUGGACUGGUCAGGAAUGCGACUUUAUUGACUGCGGACAGAAUGGACUGCCCACAAGUGCCGUUGAAUGCCAAUGCACGGAACCUUACUCGGGACAAAUGUGUGACCAGCUGAAGACUACUGAUGUUUAUUUGUACUAUAAUUCAAAGAUCUACUCAAUGGGUCCACUCGGAGUCCUCACAAUCGUCCCAAUGAUAAUCAUCUUGUUUGGGUGUAAACAUCUCGCCGAUAAACGACAGGUAAGACCUGGUUUUGGACUCCUUUAGCUAUUAUCAUACAUAUUUUCGCAAAUUUUUACAUUUUUAGGUUUAUCGAGUGACCAAGGCGCUGAAAAAAGAUCAUGACAUAGAGCCAUCACAAGUUCGGAGUUUCCUUAAGGGAUAUUGA